CCGUCAAUACUGCAUACAGCUGACAAACUGGCAGAGGUCCCUAGUGCUGCAUUCACCAGCUCUGUCUCAGUACGACAGAGCAGCUUCCACAAUUCCCCCUGAUCACUCUCCCGCUCAAGACCUUUUUCACAGGGACGGCACACUUCCCUGGCCACUACUGCUGCAUCGCAGGGACAGGAGGAGAGACGGGCUGACCUGGAACUGAUACGGAGUAGGAAAUACUCAGUUAAAAAGACACCAGUCCCGGAGGGCGGACAGAUUUCUUGGUGGGCCGGUGCUACAGCAUGCUGCGGUGCUCCACCGUAAAGGCUGAUCACUGGGACGUUUGACAGUCAAGCACUCAGUGGUGCACCUGCUGCACGUUGGCUUGUUGGAGGCACUCACAAAGAACCACAACAAGUCAUGUUGGUGCUGACUGAUGGUAGGGCUUUUCCAGCGGAGGCCGGUGGUGAUGUGGAGGAGUUGAUGUCAACAAUGGCUGGCCUGGACCUGCACGUACUGAUUCCCCCGUUUCAGCGGUGUCGUCGUUACCUCCCGACCCAGCAGCCCAACCCUCGGAUCUGACCCCGUCUCCCCUCACCUCCGCUGGGCUUCCUCCAGACCGGCCUCCUGGCUCUACCCUGGGCCCAUCAUGGGAGGAUGCCUCUCCAAAAGCAAACCAGUUGAGGUGAAAGUGGAGCUAACCCUCCUGGACAAAGAAAAGGACACAGACGUGAUGUCGCCCAAUGGAAAGGCAAGCCCCUUCUCUGACUGCAGACCCAACGGCGCUCUGGGACACUGCUCUGACGAGGACUCUGCCCCCCCACGGCUCUACCAACCCCGUGACUACGUGGAGGCCUCCGUUUGUCAUGUCAAGGAUCUGGAAAAUGGACAAAUGCGAGAGGUUGAUUUGGGAAGUGGCAGAGCGCUGCUUAUUAAAGAACAUGGAGAGUUUUCUGCCAUCGCUCACAAGUGUCCACAUUAUGGGGCACCACUGGUUAAAGGUGUCUUGUCCAAAGGGCAUGUGCGUUGCCCCUGGCACGGAGCUUGUUUCAACAUCGCUACAGGAGACAUUGAGGACUUUCCUGGGCUGGACAGCCUGCCCACCUUCCAGGUCCGAGUUGAAAAGGACAAGGUGAUCAUUCGUGCUAACAAACAGGAUCUUCAGUCACAGAAAAGGUCAAAGGCCAUGGCCAGAUGUUCAGCAGUCAUUAACUCCAGCACUGGCUUCAGUCACAUCCUUAUUGUAGGCUCAGGUCCAGCUGGGCUGGUGUGCGCUGAAACGUUGAGACAGGAGGGAUUCACCGAUCGGAUAGUCAUGUGCACCAUGGACAAGCACCCGCCUUAUGACAGGCCUAAACUGAGUAAGUCCUUAGAGAGCACAGCAGAGCAGCUCCGGCUGCGAUCCAUAGACUUCCUCCAAGACCACGACAUCGAGCUGCUCACAGAGAAGGAGGCUGUGGCAGUGGAUGUCAAGACGCGGGCUGUGACCUUUCAAGAUGGCUCUCGGAUGGAAUACAGGAAGCUUUUCAUUGCCACAGGAAGCAAACCCAAGCCUAUGAACUACAAAGGCCAGGAUGUUAAGAACGUGUUUCACCUCCGGACCCCUGAAGAUGCCAACUGUGUAGCCAGGUUGGCCAACAACAGGAAUGCUGUGAUUGUGGGAACAUCAUUUGUUGGAAUGGAAGUGGCUGCUGCCCUCACCGACAAAGCCCACUCCGUCUCCAUCAUUGGGAUAGAAGCAAUCCCAUUCCAGAAAGCUCUGGGGGAGAAAGUAGGCAGGGCCAUAAUGAAGCUGUUUGAGACGAACAGGGUGAAGUUUUACAUGUUGAACGAGGUAUCGGAGAUGCUUGGCCAUCAUGGACAGUUGAAAGAAGUUCUCCUGAAGAGUGGGAAGGUACUCAGGGCGGACGUGUGUGUCAUUGGCACAGGAUCACGCCCAGCCACUGGCUUCCUGAAAGGGAGCGGAGUUCACAUGGAUUCCAAGGGUUUCGUGCCUGUCAACAAGACAAUGCAGACCAACGUCGAAGGUGUCUUUGCUGGAGGAGACAUUGUGACAUUUCCCUUUCUGGGGCGCAGCAAUAAGAAGGUGAACAUCCCACACUGGCAAAUGGCCCAUGUGCAUGGGCGAGUGGCAGCACUUGGCAUGAUGGGAAGACCCACUGAGAUCAAAACGGUGCCCUAUUUCUGGUCGGCCAUGUUUGGGAAAAGCAUACGCUAUGCAGGUUACGGAGAGGGCUUUGAUGAUGUCGUUAUCCAAGGGGACUUGGAUGAGCUGAAGUUUGUGGCAUUUUACACCAGGAGUGAGGAGGUGAUUGCUGUGGCCAGCAUGAACUAUGACCCCAUUGUAUCCCGUGUAGCAGAGGUCUUAGGGUCCGGAAAGACAAUAAGAAAGCGAGAUGUGGAGAUGUUAACCCGACAACGCAAGACAGGGGACAUGUCUUGGUUGAUCGACAAGGGAUCGCAGUGAGCGAGCCUCUAUGUUUCAGGCACUCUUCGGUUCUGGGGUUUGUUGGACACUGAACUGUGGACACUUCUGUUGCUGAUGUGAUGCAGAGCAGCCAUACUGUGGACAUACAGCAGCAGACCUCUGUCUGGUACUUCUGAGGUCACUACUCCGGAACCAAGACUGAGACAGAGAACCUCCACAGUGAUGGACUGGAAUGGACAUACCAUUCUUACCAAUAACCUGAGCCAUAUAUGGUCAUAACACGGUCCAAUACCGUCAGGCAGGUCUGUGUGCUCACAGCGACAUUCUGCGACUUCAUAGGGAAGCAAUCCUGGAUGCUGUCUCUGUGCUCCUGCAUGAUAAAACUACCUGUACACUUUGUUUAUAAGGGGCCAGAGAGGGGGAUUGACAUUUUUUGUACAUGCAACUUUGUAUAUAGCUAUAAUUCUCAGUACACGGUACCAAAAGAGGGCUGUAUAGUUUUAGGUUUUCUAUGGUUGAGUCUGGGCCACAGGGCUAAAAACUAUAAUAUAUCUGGAAUGUACAAUGAUAGGCUUUCUAAUAGAUUGACCCCCUUCUUGUAGAAGCAGGUACAUUGUUACCUACAAGAAACUGCAUAAAACCAAUUCUUUAGUUUGUCAGCUUUGCAUUGGCAUCUGCAACUGCACAAUACUCUUUUAAAGCCAUGCAAAGUGUCAUGCAAUAGGCCACAUAAUCUGCAGAAAUGGAAUGGCCCUUUCCCAACCUAAAGCCUACAGCACACCAACGCAUGUGCGCACACACACACACACACCACGCCCAUGCACUUACACACACACAGACACACAGACACACACACAGACACACACACAGACACACACAGACACACACACACACCACGCCCAUGCACUUACACACACACAGACACACAGACACAGAAAGCAUGAAUUCUUCACAAGAUGCUACAAAUAACUCCUUCAAGGAUUACAAUGUACCUCUUCUUUUUGGUUACUUGGUCCAUAUACUGCACAAAUGAGAAAUUGAAUUGUUCUUCAUGUAAAUGCUUGCGCAAUAGAACAGUACAUGUCUGUGCUUUCUAACAAAACAUACAUUUUCUGUUGUUUAGAUGUGGUUGUGUCAUAGUUGCUGAAGGAUGCUUUUGAAAGUCGUCACCUAUGAAUGCUCUAUGUUACUAACUCAGGGAACUGAGGUUUGAGGCCUGGUCACAUUGUUAAAACGUAUAUCAAUGGUCCUGUUGCAAAAAUAUAUCAAUUUGUUGCUUUUAUUUUCUUACCAUGUUCUCUGUAUUUGAAGAUGUCUGUUUUUCAGAACUUGCUGAUAAUCCCCUUACACGUGUAGCGGAGGAUGUUUUCCCAUCUCUGUUUUGGCAUGUUGAAGAUUACGAAAUACUUGAGCCCUAAGGUGAAAGACGGGACAGCAUUUAAAAGACAUGUUCUUCAUACAGAGAAGCUUAGAAUGGUAUUUUUGUAAUGGAAACUUUGAAAUAAAAGUCUGGAACAAU